AUGCCUACUGUUGUUAUCGAUCGGGGCACUUGUAAAUACUACGCCGACCGUGCUCAACAUUUGGAUAAAAUUACCUCUGAGGAGGAACGAGUGAUACGUUUGAUGCCGGGUAAGAAUUUUGCCCGGUUUCUCAGCACGCAUUUACUGCGCCCCAUUCCGGACAUAAACACCCGACUGCCGCCUGUAUGUCUGAUGCCGGCGCAUUCAAUCGCAUAUCGCGGUUUUCGUGCUGUGCUGAAACGAAUUAAAAAGGCCAGUGACCUUCAGCAGUUGUUGUCAACUCUUAGUCAAAUGAAUGUGGAUGAUGACAGUCUGAUGUCAAGCUUGAAUGCCGCGGUAAAAGUACGACAGUUUGCAGUAAUCAAUGAUCUGGCUAAUCUGUGUGGGAAACCGGAAUACACUGAUCUACAAAAAAUGUUCCUAAAAGUGAGUUCGCCCUACGUUAUUGCGUUCUUUCGCUACUGUCUGUUAACUGAGUGCAAAUUUUGUCGUUAUUCCCGUGGCGUCAAUCUUGCUGGAGAUUAUGCGAAAGCACGGUAG